CCACAUUUCCCCUUCAUCCAUUUCCAUACAAAAAUCCAUCUCUCUCUUCCCUUUGUAAAAAUCUUUCAGCCAUGGCAGUAAGCAACAACAUAACAGCAAUUCUAAACUUCAUAAUCUUCCUAAGUUCCAUCCCUGUCAUUGCAGCCGGAAUCUGGUUAGCUUCAAAGCCUGACAACGAGUGCAUCCAGCUUCUCCGCUGGCCCGUCGUGGUCCUUGGCGGUCUCCUCCUCCUCGGCUCUCUCAUUGGCUUCAUCGGCGCUUAUUGUAACCGCCCUGGUCUCUUGGCUGUCUACCUCUUCUUCAUGGCUGUUCUCAUUAUUCUCCUUCUUAUUGUUCUUAUCAUCGCUUUCACCGCCACACGCCACGACGGCGGUAGCCACCCUGUCGCUGGAACACGGUUCCAAGAGUAUCGGCUCGACGGGUACUCAUCUUGGCUCCGUCACCAUGUCACCAGCUCUGGAAGCUGGCCUAGUGUGAGGAAGUGCUUGGCUGUUUCGAACGUUUGUCGUCAGUUGAAUCGGGAGUUUUCCUCGACGGAGCAGUUUUUUGCGACGGACAUUUCUCCACUUCAGUCAGGGUGCUGCAAACCGCCGGCAGCGUGCGGGUACAAGUACGAGAACCCAACGACAUGGGAGAAUCCGGAGAACCCGACGGCGGACCCGGAUUGCUUGUUAUGGAGCAACGAGAGGAGUGGACUGUGCUACGAUUGCGACGGAUGUAAGGCGGGGCUGCUGGAGAAUUUAAGGCAGGAGUGGCGGAAGGCGAACGGUGUUCUGGUGGUGGCGGUGGUGGUUCUGAUAUUCGUAUAUCUCGUUGCAUGCGCCGCUUACAAGAAUGCGCAAAUCCAGAAUAUAUCUGUUCGGUAUAAACAUGGGUGGAUUUGAGUUCUAAACUUGUAUCCAUUUCCUUUCAUUUUCCUUGUGUUUUGAUUUUGUGUAUGAUGUUGAUAAUUGAUAUGUAUAAUUAUCAAGACUUGUUAGGUUCCUUCAUCAUAUGACUAAUUUAUCCAUUGUUUUUAACAUUUUUAUCCAAUGGUUUGGUUUGAUUUUUUAAUAUAAAGUUCGAACAUCUUGGUUUG